CGGAGUACCGUGCGCUUUCAUUGAGUGUCGAAGGCCUGUGCACAUUCUUUGUGGUAGCCUACGAGUACCGUACACACUCAUUCUUUGCUUGACUCAGAUUCCCGCACGCGUGCUGCAGAGUGUCUUUUGCCUGAGUACCGUACACACUCUUUGGAGGUCGAGUUUGACAUCUGUUCAACACUCUUGUGAGGACAUCUGUUCGACACGACGACAGAUUCUAAGCGUUCGCGUGAGGACAUCAAUUUCUUGGAACAGUGGGGGUUUCCAGAGGAGCUCAAGUAUUCGAACACCGUCACCUUCGCAGCGAUGUCUCAGCAACACCCAGCAGGUGCGCCCUGUUGUAAGAAGAGUAAGGCUGUGGGUGAGGAUGAGGAUAUGAUUCAGGCAAGCAGUGAGGAGGAGGAGCAGUUCGGCGGAGGAGGAGGAGAGGGAGAAGACGGAGGAGCAGCAAAGGAAGGAGGACGAGAAGAUGGAGAAACGACUUGCGUACAUUAAUGAACAUGCAUCGGAGUGGAAUGCGGAGCCUCGGGACUCGAUACCGAUGGAAUUGAUUGGGGACUCCGCCACAGGGGUGAAUUGGAUUAACGGUCUCUGGGCAACAUCCAAUAUUAUCUACAAGCACAUUCUUGGCGACAUUCAAAAUAGGCUGGAGCAUAUCUCUGUGUUGUAUGGUAUGAGGCCUCCGAGUUGGGGCCACAAUAUGUUCAGGUGGAUCUAUCGAGAAGGAAACGAAAGAGCUGACAGGCUGACAUGGUUGGCCAGAACCAAAAAUAGUUACGUUACGUUCCAUACCUCACUUAUUGAACAUGCGAGUAAAACAAAACUAGACGGCCUCCGUGGAUUCUUCGACGGAGGUCGCUCUGUGGAGGGAUGUGCUGCAGGAUGGUGUAUAGAUUUGUGUGUACACGGGACGUGGCAGUUGGUGGCGGAGGAAGCUGUCUCGCUUGAUGCCUCUGCUUCUGUCAUGUUUUGUGAGAUGAUUGCAGCACAACGGCUCUGUAUGGCCGUGGAGCACAUUUUGGGUAGCAUCUUUCAUCCAAGCAGCUGACUCAUUUCAUCUUGCUUGGAGCUCUCCAACACCUUUACAUUUUCACAUGUUGUAUUGCAUCCUUUUCCUUGUUCCUGCAUCCUAUUCCGUUGCCUAUGCCUCAGUGGCUCGGCAGUGUGAUGAUAAGAGUUGCCCUCUCCAGCUACCCUGUGCUCCGUUUGGGAGUCUUAGGGCUCAGCUGUCACAGCUGUCCGCGCCCUGACUCAAACUCAAAAACCAAGGUUGUUGGUUU